AAUCAUAUCAAGGAGGAUAACUGAAAACGGAAGUUGGCUUUGUUUUUGUUUAUAGCUGAUGAUGAGCAAGUAAUCCACGGCCUUGAUCUCAGAAAGAGACAGCAAAACAAUAUAUUGUAAAGGAUUUAAUGAACGAUGGUUUGCGAAAAAUGUAAAUAAAAUAUUUAGGCCUAAUCCUAUAAAUUUAAUAUUAUUUAACAGCCUCCUUUUUUUUUAAAGUCGUAGACGUAGAGUAAGAGUAGCAAUAAUCUCUUGUCAAUAGCUCAAUUAGUUCAAUUAGUAUUAGUCAGACAAUUCAGACAAUAGAAUUCAAUAGACUUAGACUUAAUAAUAGUUCGAUAAGUUAGUAGUCAGUAGUAGUUAAGUAGUAUUCUAAGUAGUAAGUAAUAGAGUGUAGAUUAUUCAUAGUUACAAUCACUAUCAGAGACCAUCUCUUAUUAAUAAUAUUAAAUUAAUAAGUUUAAGUGGUAUCACUUAUCGUAUCUUAUACUUAAAUAAUACUUAUAAUUUUCAAUGGUUAAAAUUAAAGUUAAUACUUAUUUAUUAAUGAAACUUAUAUAAUUAGAAUGACUAGGAGUAGGAGGGACUCCGUAUUUCCUUUCCAUUGAUAAAUUUGAUACCAAGUUUAUUUUUCUAUCUUAAUUUACUUAAUAAUUAAGUUAAUUAGAAAAAAGUUUUCAAAGCAUUUUUAGUGUCAGAAUUUUGCCUUAUACUUAUAUAUUAAUAAUAUUAUUGUAUAGCAUUGCCUUAUCCUUAGUAAAAUCUUCUGAUUCGUCCUUCUUCCUCACCACAACACCCCCCCCCCCUUUUCUAUAUAUUAUGAUUUUUUGUCUGUUGAAAAAUAUUUACCCUCUGGAUUCAUUGGCGUUGUUUUGAUGAAUUAUUUCAGGACAUGAUACCAGUAAAACUUUGCUCAUUUAAGUUGGUGGUGAUACCACCAACACUGGCUUAAUAUCAGAAUGGGAAAGUUUAUAAUUUAUACUGCAACUAAGUUACAAGCUUUAUCAGUUGGUGCGAUGAAAAUUUUCUUCAGUUAAAUUUCUCAACAAAAAAUAAGAAAUCAUUGUCGAUUUACGUAGGGGGAAUAACCCAAUUGAGGAUAUCACAAAAAAUCUCAGUAUAUACUACUAUAGAGUAAACAGAGACAUACAAGUACCUAGGUGUAACCAUUAUUAAGCUAACAUGGCAUGAACACUGCCAAAUUCUAUAUAAAAAAAUUCAACCAAAUACUUUUCUAUCUUAAAAAAAAUAAUACAAUUUCGACAUAAACAAACAAAUUAUUAACCUAAUAAGUUUUUUACCCCGUGUGGUUCCAAGUGUUACAAAAAGAAAGUUAACUUCUCUUUUUCUAGACAAUCCUACACCAUACCCGUGGCUCUUUAUUGAUUAACAGUCGCCUCCAAAAAAAUCUGAGUUUAACCAUCACGCGUGGCGCUCACUGCUUCACAGUUGUUUUUUUUACUCAGUACUUUAAUAAAAAAUAUGUUUAGUAGAGGAGGUUUAAUUAUGAAAAGGAAGCAGCCAAACCAGAAGCAAAAUAUAAAUUAAAUUAUAAGAUAUUCCAUGGUAAAAUAGUUGGAAGCCUACUGAACUUAAUUAUUACCUGCUACUUGGGAUUUCAUAACAUAAAACACAGAUUAAAAAGAGUGGUCAAUAAAGUUAUUAAUAUCACACAAGCUAAAUAACCUUGUCUUGAUGAACUGACAAUUUGAAGAAAAAGGCUGUUGUAAAACUUAAAACAUUUGUAAAUCCCACACUCUUCAUCACAGAUACUCUGAGAUACUUAAGAUCAGCUCGAUCAGGGAAAAUUCUUUCUCUUAAAGCUAGAAACCGACAGAUAUAAAAAUUAUUUUGUUCUCAGAAUUUGCCAAGGUGCUGCUCCCCCAGAGGCUACAAAAUCUAAAUGAUCUCUAGUUAAGUCAUUAUUGUCAAUAAGGGAGUUAAGUUUUAUGGUAUAAAAUGGUUAAGUUUUAUGGUAUAAAAUGGCUGAUUUCUAUGCAAGAGAAAUACUCUAAAUGUCUUGUGUGUAAAUUGUAAAAUGUCUUGGUUUAAUUAUGUAUUUAUUUAUGUACUGAAAUUGAAUAUGUACAAAGUAAUAAAAAACAUUUCCAUUUAUUUGGAUCAUUAUAAGAAUGUUAAUCUUAAUUAAAUUGCAGGCCAAAGUAAACUGGGUAAAGUUAUUACUCCUGAUCCAUGGAAGGCUGGAGCACGCAACACUACAGGUUUGUUCUCAUAGAAACCUUUUUUUUUAAUCUUACAAAUCAAUCAAUGGUUAAAUAGUAUUAAUAAUUCAUUUUUAUCAAACCACAUACUGAAAUACGUUGAUCAGAAGGUAAUAAAUUGUAAUCUGCAAACUAUUUUUGACAAGGGCCAGUAAGAAGAUCUCGGGAGUGGGGGAAGAUAGAAGAUUAGUGGCCUAUAAGUGAUCAGAAAAUCUCACAAAUUUGAAACAUGAUUGUGCUACACAUUUUUAUUUCCUUGUCCUAAUGUAAUGGAAAGAAAGAAAUAUAAGCGUUUCUAAAUCAGAUUACAUUGAUUAAUUGAGAUUCCAAUUGAAAUAUUAUAAUUAUAAGAUGGAAAACAUAUAUAUUGAACAAACAAUUUUUUAACAUCAGUGAGAAGCAUGAAACUGAUGUUUUCCUGCCGUAAUGAGAUUUAGUUAAGGCUCAAAGUUAGCACUCCCUAUUAUUGCAAGUUCUCAUCAGAUAAGGCUAUAACAAUAACUGGAUUUCACAUCUUUGAUUUUUGAAAAUAUCAUGCCACAAUGUAAGUAUGGCCAAAGAUUGCAAUGAAUUUACAAGUAAAGGCUGUUCAAUUAGCGUAUUGAUCACAUAAAAUAAAAUUACAACUGUCUUCUCUUUUUUUUUCUGAAUUUCAUCAAAUUAUUGAAUUGCAGAUUGAUCUUUUAUAUUUGAAGUUUUGAGAUUUUUGUAAAAUUCUUAUUUUUGUUCCACUGGGAUACAGGCAGGGCUGUCUUUAAAGGAGCAGGGGCCCUGGGCAAAAUAAUGCAUAGAUGGGGGCGAGAGGGUCAGUCACCCCUGCCACCAAAAUUAGGAGGCAUCAAAAUUGUCUUAAGAUAGUAGAACCUUAAAAUAUGUCAAUACUGGUAGUGAAUUACCCUUUAAGGGUAUGCUUUUAGCCCCAGCUUAGUUUUGCCCCUGGAAUCUUUAUAAUUCUAACUAAAGGAAAAUCCUUUUUUUUUUCCUGUUAAAAAAUAUUGUGAAUACGUACACCAGGUGCUUUUUUAAGAUUAAAAUAUAUCUUUACUGUCACUUUAAUUGGGGAGGGAGAAGUCCCUUGACCAUGCAUGGGUUACAUAAUUACCUUUACUUCUAGUUGUAUUUAAAUAGUAAUGUUGUUUUAUAAUUUUAUUUUGAAACUAUUUAUUUGUUUAAACUACUUCAUCAAUGAAUUAAUUUUUAAAAAGUCAAAACAGUUGUUCAUUUGAAUGAGAAAAAAAUUAGUAUAUUAGGAUCAUAAUUAUCAUUUUGUAUUUAUGCAAAACUUAAGUAUUUCAUUAGGUUUUUCCCAAAUUUACAGUUACAAAAAAGAGAAAAAAUACUAUUUUGUAGAAAAGGUAUAAAGAUUUGGUUUGGCUACUUAAAGCAGGUCAUUUUUUAAUAAAUUGUAUCUAAAUGGUAUUUUUAAAAAAAGAAAUGAAAUAUUUACAAGAGGCAUCAUAUAUUUAUUAAUAAUGUGAUAUAUCUGAGGAAAAAUGAAAUAGCUUGAAUUUCUAAACAAAUGCAGUAACUUAAAAUUUUCAAUUUGGAAUUAUAACUUUCUUCAUUUGAAUAAAUAAUGGCACCUUUUGUAAGACUCUUUGAAAAUUACAUGCAUAAAUAAAAUCUUUUUUUUUUUUAAUUUAUCUUUAUGAUGUGUAGAGGGCGGAGGUCGCAAAGUAGGUGAAAAUAAAGCACUAACGACAAAGAAAAAUCGGUGAGUAUAUCAAUUUUUUCCAGGUUACAUUUUGCUUAGGCAUCCGUGUUAAGUAAAAUAAAUUCCAUGUUUUUAUCAUGUACAGUUUAGGAUAUUUUACGGUCCUCUUGAAAACAAAACUACAAAGAGAAGUCAUUUAUGGCUUUUAUGUAUUUGGAAUAUUUUUAUUUAAUUACUAAAAGCUUAACUUUUUUUUUUUACUUGUUAAAAAUGUUCAUCUUUAACACGUCUCAUCAUUAAGAUUUUUAAUGUUUUAAAAAUAAAUAAAAAAGUCAAAGCAUUAAUGUCAAGGCAUCCCAAUAAAUAAGUCAAUUUUUUUAAGUACCGGUAUUAAAACUAAUUCUUUUAUUUGAAACAGGAAUAGAUUGUUAUAUUUUUCUCAAAAAAAUAAUUUUAUUCUAAAACAUUGAGUACAUAGUUAAUGCCAAAUUACAUUGUGAAAGUUAAUUUGGAAAAAAAAUUCAAGCCAUAUAAAUCAAAACCACUGAUAUCACAAUGAAAAGCUACCGAAAAAUUACAUCAGCAUUGAACUUCCAAAUUGGCUUGUUGUAGAGAAGCAUUUAUCACUUUAUGUAUGGGGCCAGCUACUAUAACUAUAUGGUUUGGUGUUUUUUCGUGUCACUUAUAACAGCAAUAUGUGAAGAUUCUAUUACUGUAAAUUUUUGCAUAUGUCAGCAUUUAUGAAGAUCCCCUCCUCAAACACUCAGUUAUAUAGUGUCCAAUUCCACUCCUCAAACAAUCGGUUAUAUUUAUUUAGAAUGUCCAAUUAACUCCUCAAAUACCGGUUUAUGCAGAAAGUCAAAUUCCACUACUCAACCCAUUGAUAAAAAAUAGAUAUGUAUUGUAAGAAAAUUAGUGUUUGACUUGAAUUUUUUUUUAAAUUUAAACAGAUUUAAUCCAUAUCAGACAAGCUUUGAGAAAUGUCGGAUUUGUAAAACAAGUGUCCAUCAACCAGGCUCGCAUUAUUGCCAAG